AUGAUAUCUGAUAAUCUGCAGGAAAAGAUUGUUAAAAAUAAAGAUUGUUUAAAUAAGAACGUUAGAAUAAAAAAACUUAAAUGGAAACGAAACUACAAAGCAUGUUUAAACUGCAGAAUAAGGAAAGUUAAAUGCGAUUUGGGUCCUGUAGAUAACCCACAUCCACCACCUUGUGAAAGAUGUAUACGACAACAGAGGGAAUGUCUAUUUACAAAUACUAUACGUGAGAAUUGCCAAACUAUUGUAACUGAUACUGUAUCCAUUAAUGCCAAUGCUACUUCUGUUUCACAAGAAAUUAAAUCAUUAAAUAAACUAUCUGAUAUCAAUAACGUACAGGUAUCCUGUAAAUCUUCCAAUGAAGAUGGGACAGUUAAAUUAGUGAAGUUCCCUGAUAGAGAACCCAACAAUUUAUCCCCUAAUGAUAAGAUAGAUAAAAUUAAAAAUCAUAAGGACACAUCCAAGCAAAAUCUUGAGAAUAAUAUUAGUACACAUUUGACAAAUAGAGAAGACAUAACAGAUCAUGAUGAUUUUUCCGGUGGUAAAAAAUGGAGAUUAGAACUAGCUUCAAUGCAAACUACACUGCAAUUUUUAGCUGAUGCAGCUGGAACAGUUGCAAAACAUAAUACCGUCGAAAGCGCAAAAGACAAAUUAAAUAAAGACAAUCUUUUUACUGAAAAGUCAAAAAGAUUUGUUGAUAACAAGCAAGAACCAUUAUCUAAUAACGGAAAACUUACCAGAAAUUUGCAUAAGUCUGCUAUUGCAUCAUUAUAUAACUUAAAUGGACCUGAAAAACCAUUUUCCCUCCUUAUAGACAAGUUAACUAAGAUUAGACCAAGACCUGACAGAGUACUUUCUGACUUUAACUAUAUUGGUCCCACCGGCUUGUUGACAAAAGAAGAGGCAGUUGAAUUCAUUGGACUUUAUUUUUCGACUAUGCAUCCUUAUUUUCCAAACAUUCCACUUCAGUUACAUGAUCCAACUGAAUUGGCACAAUAUCCUAUAUUACUUUGUGCAAUACUAACCAUUGCUACAAGGUAUCACACAUUCAAUGAAAUUGGAUAUAAUAAUGGUAGAGAUAAUAAACGUAAUAUUAGGGUUCAUGAACAACUGUGGGAUAUUUGCCAAAAACUUAUAUCUCAAACCAUAUGGGCUGAAGCUAGUACAAGAUCAAUUGGAACUGUGCUAGCAUUUAUUAUAUUUACUGAAUGGAAUCCCAGACAAAUACACUGGAAAAAAGCUGAUUAUGCUAAUAGCACCAAAGAAGCAAAUACGGAUAAAAAUAAAUAUAUCCAAGCUAAUAGUAAAGGUAAUGAGGAAAGUACAGGUAUUGGUGCAAUUAGGAGAAGUGACAGAAUGUCCUGGAUGCUCACAGGUACUGCAGUUCGUUUAGCUCAAGAUAUGGGAUUUCUUGAAACAAGCACAAAAGUGUUUGUUGCAGCUCAUAUAUCAGAUGCUUUGACUUCAAUGAAUAUGAAUCAAAAAUCCGUCCUCUCUGAAAGCUUCAGUGAUAUUAGUUUUGAAAGACAAAAAUAUCGAACUAUCACCUCAUAUGAAAUAUGUAAAGAAGAAGGUCAAACGAAUAUUGGAAAUGAAUUAUUUUAUUUAGAACAAAUAUUAAAAGACGACCCAGAGAAAGAAAAGUGGAUCGAAAUAUUAAAAGCCGCUCAAAUUGAACGACCAGGUGGUUUAACAGACUUAGAAAGGGAAUUUUUAAAUGAUGAAUAUAUUUUAUAUUAUUCCAGAAAUAACGAUGAGAUUAUUCAGCAUCAACAACAAAAUCAACUUCCAUACCCUUUAAAAUUCUCUUUUAGUCAGAGAGCCAAUAUUGAAUUAGUACGUAUCAUACUUAUUGGAUAUGAUACAAUAUACUAUGACAAAGGAAGAAGAAAAUUGGCAUCUAAUAACCAAGUACAUAAUCUCGCUGUUCUUAAUAUAUUAACACCAUUAAUCGAGGGCUGGUAUGAUACUUAUAGAGAAUGUAUGAAAAUUUUACCUGGCAAAGCUUAUGAAAUUUCAAUAAAGAAAGACAAGAGAACUGUACAUAAUUACACACAGCAAAUUAUGCAUGAAUCAUUAUUAUGUGAUUAUUAUUAUUGCCAAUUAUAUAUUUAUUCUUUAGCACUACAAGUUGAUGCAAGAGAAUCCAAAUUAAGAAUGAAUGAAAUUACUAAAAGUGCUAAAUAUGUUGCAAAAGCUUACAACGCUGCCAAAGAAAUAUUGUAUUCAGCAGUCAGAGUACAUAAAUUAAAAUUAUUAAAAUACAUGCCAGUCAAAUGGGUAAUGCGAAUAGUUCGUGCCGUUUCUUUCCUGGUAAAAUGUUAUUUAACUUUGACCAACUCAGGUGAGACGGUCGGGAAUUCCGAGGCUAGAACCAUUUUAAAACUGUGUUGUAUAUCUCUUGAUGAAACCCUUAAUGUUAUCAAAUUGGCUGCAAUAACAUUAAAAGAAGCAAGCCCUGAUGAACUACAUUUGGCGUUAAGAUAUUCAGCAAUAUUAUUAUAUCUUUGUAAAGAAAUGACUCUAAAAAAGGAACAAAACAAAAAAUUAUUAGUAAAUCGUGAAAUCAUAAUAAAAGAAAAUCGUUCACAAGACAAUUCAAAUGAUUUUGCGACUGCUCCUCUAUACAAGAUUAAUACAAAGGAUAAUGGAAAUACACUGGCCUCUACAAAUAAAACUAACAAGCAACAGAAAGUAAAAGUAUGUGUAGUUCCAAAUCAAGAUAACAACUUGGACGAUUCCAACACUACUAAAAAGUGUAAUAUGACCAUAGUGGAACCAUCAAAAUCCUUUUCAAAUAUACGCAACAAAAACAAUGCCGAUAUAAUGACAGUAGAAAACGAAGCCUCAAUAGUUAAUUCCUCCUUCAAUCCUAUCAUACAUAAUAAUGACAAUGUUAUUUUAGACACUACCAUAAUAUCAACAAGUGACAACCCGUUAUUACCUGAUAAAGCCAUUGAUUGGUUUUCGGGAAGUACAAAUAUUGGGUUAGAUUUUGUACAGCCUUGGACAGAAAUGCUUGAACAAAAAUAUCUUCAAUAUGGUAAUACAGACUUUGAUACGCUUGAUUAUAAUGCGGAAGAUAUAUAUAACUAUUUUGGUUAUGAAUUUGAGAAAUAA